AUCCUAAUCUAAAAAUAGGCUCCAGAUUCAAAGUUUGUAAGACUUCUUUUGUCGCCCUGCCACACUCCACAGAGCCCAGCCACCUAGAGCACCUGCCCAAGCUCACAGCUGCCUGCACAACCAGCCUCCAUGGAGAUGUCAUCAGCAGGUUCGAAAGCCGGGAAGAAAAAUGCAUACACAGCAAUCAAAGUGGAUCCUGAUGGGGAUUACUGUACCCCAGGUGCGUUUGAACUGGAGCGGCUCUUUUGGAAAGGAUGCCCAAAGUACACCCACGUCAAUGAAGUCUGGCCCAACCUCUACAUAGGAGAUGAGAAAACAGCAUUAGAUCGCUACAGCCUGGAGAAGGCAGGCUUCACUCACAUCCUCAAUGCAGCUCAUGGGCAGCGGAAUGUGGACACGGGACCAGAAUAUUACAAAGACAUGACUGUGGAGUACCAUGGAGUGGAGGCAGAUGAUCUCCCCACUUUCAACCUCAGCCAGUUCUUUUAUUCUGCUUCUAAAUUCAUUGACAAUGCGCUUCAGAAUGAAAGAAACAAGGUCCUCGUGCACUGUGCUAUGGGUCGCAGCCGGUCAGCCACAUUGGUCUUGGCUUACCUGAUGAUUUACAAGAACAUGACAGUGGUGGAUGCCAUUGAGCAAGUAUCACGGCACCGAUGCAUUCUGCCAAACAGAGGCUUCUUGAAGCAGCUGAGAGAACUGGACAUAGCGUUGGCACUGCAGAGGAGGAACACCAAAAACAGCCUACCAUCCAAUGACGAUGAGAACAACACCACAACCUAGUACUGCUCUCGGCAGGGUUGUGCUACUGGAAAAUAAACUCCAUAAAAGGAGGGGAAGAAAAGCUGUAGUUAAUUGCGCAAUCAGAGGGCUCAUUUAUUAUCUAGAAGGAAAAAUAUCAAAAUCAUUUGAGAUGUUGUCAGGUUGGGAAACAAAAGAAGUCAAAUUUAAAACCAAUCAUCUUAGAAUAUCGUAGCUUUAACAGAAACGUUAUCGACAUCAACAAAUCUUCCCUCUAUAAAGUUUAUCCAGCACAAAACCAGGCGUAACUUAAAUGAAAACAUCUGAGUACCCCCAAAAUCCUGAUCCUAGUCCAAGUAUGUGACCUUUAAAAGAGAGGAACUAGCAAUUCCUGAAGAGCUUGUGCAGGAAAAAUGUUGAGAUAGUUGCAACACAGACAAAUUGUUUAGUCCCAUAGUCCUGAAGAACUUCCCAGAAGUUUGUCUUUUAUGUUCUUUCCCAGCACUGCCAUUUCUUUACAUAAUCUAAGAGCAGCACAGUGUUCAGAGAGCCUCCAAACAAAUCUUCACAAUGGACUCUGCAGCAGAACAUGCAAGCUAGAAACAAAGCAAAGUCCUUGAAAAGAUGAGAUGUACGAACAGACACAAUGGGUAACAUUUCAUGCAGAUACACACGCGUCAUCUGAGCAGUUUCAUUUCUAACUUGCUUUUCCUAAAAUUUAGGCAGUCGAACCAUUUAAGUCCAACACAUACAUUAUCCAACUCCAUUUACUAGGCCACACACAACCCUGCAUCUCAAGCAGAAAAACCCACCACACUGAGAAAAUAAUGCUUCGUGGCUUGUUUUCUUCCACUUGUGACAACUAGAACAAUACACAAGAAAUAUACUGUGUCCUUUAUAUUGCCAUAGAAAAGUUCCCACAGAAGUCCCUAAAAGCCCUCUAAAAAAUCAUCUAUUAUAACCAGCUUUCAUUAGAUUUCAUUUACACUUAAUAAGACAAAAGAUACAAAUGAAGCCUUUAAAAAGCUGCCUCUGUGAACUAACAAGUAGAAAGCUGCUGCUGUACCUCCAGACACUACUACCAAAUACUUAACUGCAAGUCAGCUUCAAUCAUCCUCAUACGUUACUGUGCUCAAAUGUAAUUGCUAAUAACAUUAUUUAAUGACAGUAGCCCAAAUAUGCAAAUAGAGAUGUCAGAUCUACUUAUCUACCUAAAGUUAUUGAAUAGGUGUUACUGAUAGGAGUUUUGUCACCUCAACAAUAUUAGAUAUUAAAACACAAUACAGAAAAGGAUCAAAACUGAACCACGUUUACCUUUCUUCCACCCAUGAAAAGAUUGUUAUCACUCUCCCUGUUUUGUUUAAUUCAGUGUAUCAGUUACAAGUUAUUCUCUCUUUUCUACCUGCGUGAUAGCUUGAUAACUACUGUAACUGGAAGAGACUCUGUACCUGAUUUGCAUGCAGAACUGUACAUUAACAAGGUUUUCUGGGGCCUGGAAAUAGGACAUUCUUUUGCAAAAUUGUGAAAAUAAAUGGGGAAAAUUUUAAUUUCCUGGGGCUCUGCUGCUUUAAGGGGAGACUCAUAGAUCCCAUGAAGAGCCGUCCCCAUCUUCUGAUUGGAAACAAAAUGCAAGAAAAUCCCGAGUAGGUUCCAGUCAUUUGUCCUGCAUGCAAGAUCAGGAAAUUGGCAAACAGCAACACUGACACAGCAACAGAAAAAUGUAUCUGCUAUUUCCAAAGGGUGGGAUUCCAAGCUACUCAUAAAUUAGGAGCUGUCGUUCCAUAGAAAGGAAAAGCAGCAUGUGAAGGGAAAAAAAAGAAAAAGAAAAAAAAAAGAGAUCAAUAGAACCCCAUAUUCCAUGGUUUCUACAAGAACUGUGUGAAGGUGUUAAGCAUGAUUUCACAGAAUAGCUGAGGUUGGCAGGAUGGACCUCUGGGUCCAUCUGAUCCAAACCCUGUUCAAGCAGUGACACGCAGAGUACCCUGCCCAGACCAGUGCCCAGGAGGAUUCUGAAAACAUCCAACAAGGGAGAAUCCAUCACCUGUCAACCAACCAACCUGCACCACCCACCCACUGAAGAAGUGCUUCAUGAUGCUCAGAGGGACCCACCUGUGUUACAGAUUGCGCACACUGCCUGUUGUCCUGACAUAAGCACCAUUGUAAGGACACUGGUUCUGCCCUGUUUGCACUGUCUAUUUAGGUAUUUAUAGAUACUGAUGAGAUCCCUCUGAGUCUCCUCCAGGCUGAACAGGCCCAGCUCUCUCAGCCUCUCCUCACAACAGAGGUGCUCCAGUCCUUUCAUCACCUUGGUGGCACUUUGCUGGACUUUCUCCAGCAUGUCCAGGUCUCUCUUGUACUGAGGGCCGCAGAACUGGACACUGCACUUCAGGUGUGGCCUUCCCAGUGCUGAGCAGAGUGGACGCAUCAGCUCCCACGACCCACUGGCAAUACUCCGUCCAGUGUACGCCAGGUCACCAUUUAGCCUUCACUGUUGCAAGAGCACACUGCUGGUUCAAGUUCAACCAGGACAUAAUUAAG